AUGGCUAGGGAUCCAGAGACCGCCGGCUUCAAGUUCAACCACACCAUGAUCCGCGUGAAGGAUCCGAAGGCGUCACUCGACUUCUACACGAAGGUCCUCGGUAUGGAGCAGAUCUCGGAGCUCAAGAUGGAGACCUUCACGCUCUACUUCCUCGCCUUCGACCACUCGGACGGCGCGCAGACCGCGGACGAGAAGGCCAAAGCGCGCUUCACCCGUGAAGGCGUCCUCGAACUGACCCACAACCACGGCACGGAGUCGGACCCCAACUUCCAGGGCUACUCCUCCGGCAAUAGCGACCCCGGCCGCGGCUUCGGCCACAUCGCCAUCACCGUGCCCGACAUCGAGAAAGCCUGCGCGCGGUUCGAGCAGCUCGGCGUGCCCUUCAAGAAGCGCCUCACCGACGGGAGCAUGAAGAACAUCGCCUUCAUCUUGGACCCCGACGGUUAUUGGAUUGAGAUCGUACCGGGAAACUUCCGUGCUUGA